CUCGGUUCGACAUAGCCGGAGUCGACAAAAAAAAGGGAUUCAAAGUCAAAAUCAUUCUAAUUGUUGCUAGAAGUUGUUUUCAACUGUUUUCAUCACCUCAGUGAACCCCUCUGUGCUAAAUCAUUCCUGGGACGAGGAAAGAUCAGUGGAUUGUGGCCAUAUGAUGCCAAAUGUAUACUUUGCGUGUAUUGUGUGCCGCCAUCUUGAAAUCAUGGCAUUUUAUAUUUUAUGGGUCGAAUUUCGUUGAUCACAAAUGUUGGAGUUCUGAGUACGUGACCCCAGGACACCCAGAGAGUCCCCCGGAGGAAGGCCCCCCAGUAUCCCCCCAGUUUUCAUAAAACCCCCCCUCAGUGAAAAUCGCAAAAAAGACUGAAAAAUUCCGGGAAAAACGUAAAGUGCUCUCGUAAUAAUGGCAGAGGAGGGUGUGGAGGUGAAGCAAGUGGGCCCCUCAUCACCUCGCAGUCCCCAUACAUCAGUGCAAAAGCCACCAAGUCCCCGAUCCCCCAGGCACACCAGGAGGAUCAAAUUAACCGAUCAACAGUUGGAGACAACAACAAAAGAGGAGUUGGCAGCCAAGUGGCGUGAACAGGACUUGUAUAUCGAGUGCCUUGAGGCACAGUCGGCAGCCCAGGAAGGGGAGUUGGCGAGUUUGAGGGAGUCGGAGGAUAAAUAUCGACAGCAGUAUGGGGAAGCCUCACACAGGGAGAAGAUACUGGUGAGGAGACUCGCCUCUAAGGAACAGGAGUUACAGGAAUAUGUGAAUCAAAUAGCGGCGAUGAAAGCCGCCCAAUCACCGUCCGCCUCAUCUCUGCGAUCGACGUUAUUGGAUCCAGCUGUCAAUAUUUUAAUUCAAAGACUGCGACAGGAGUUAAUAACGACAAAAGCCAAGCUCGAAGAUACGCAAAAUGAAUUGAGCGCGUGGAAAUUUACACCCGAUAGCAAUACUGGUAAGAGACUGAUGGCAAAGUGCAGACUUCUUUAUCAAGAGAAUGAGGAACUUGGUAGAAUGAUAGCCAGUGGGAGAAUAGCCAAGUUGGAGGGGGAGUUGGCACUGCAGAAGAGCUUCAGUGAGGAAGUUAAAAAAUCCCAAUCUGAGCUCGACGAAUUUCUCCAGGACCUUGACGAGGAUGUGGAGGGAAUGCAGAGUACAAUAUACUUCCUCCAGCAAGAAUUACGCAAAGCCCGUGAAUCAGUGACCCUCCUCCAGCAGGAGAAUGCCUCUCUAAAAUCAUCUGGUGAUCAAAAUAUGUCGAACGGUCUGUCCCCUCAUACUCCGCCUCUAAAAAAAGAGGAUAACGACGAUGACGAUGUUAAAAGUGAAAUAAACAAUAUGAAAUUGGAUAAUGAUACCAGUGGUGGGUGUAAAAUUGGUGCAAGAACUCCACCGUUAAUCGAUGGCAAAAUGACUGUUGAAAAGCUGGAUGCAAACAUCGAUAAUAAUGACGAUAGUUCUAGUGAUUCAGCAGCUUUAAUUAUUAAAGUUGAUAAUGAAGAAUUGACAGAUCGUGAGUAUGACGAUGAUGAUGAUAAAAUGAAGAAAAAAAUAUGUAGGACUAAAUGUGGUAAUACUAAUGCUAAUGCCAAUGGUGAUGAGAUUAAAACACGGUGCAAAGACAGAACUAAGAGGGAUAAUUGUGAUGAUAACGAGAGUGAUGACGAUAGAGUUAAAAUCAAGAAGAAGAAAAAAUGUGACAAUUCAAUGGAUUUUAAUGAUGCUGAUGAUGAUGCCAUUGUUAUUACCAAUGGAGAAACAUUGCAGAGUGAUCCUGAAUGAGGUUUAACUGUUGUCAUUCAAUGAACUAUUUUUUCCCCAUUUUUUUUUCACCUUUAUCGAAUGAAAUAUAUAAAUUUUUAUGGAGAAAAACACUUAGUUGUCGUGAAAUUUGAGUUUCAAGGCUUGACGAUGAUGGACGUGUAAAUUUAUAAAUAAAUAAUUGAUAUUGAUUAUUAA